UUCAUAUUUUCAACGGGAAUAGUUUGGUCAUUUUUCCAAAUAAGUAUUUCUUUUUAUAACAAAUUAAGUGGUUUUUAGUUAACAUUUAAUAGUUUUCAAUGCUUUUUUAUCGAGUAAAUAAACUUUUUCUAUAAAAAUUAAUAUAUUUUUUGAAUCAAUAAGCCAGAUAUCUGGCUAUAUUAUUAAAAUGAGAUCUUUAGGCUUAUCAGCUUUAAGCUUUGUCCUUACGGGCAUAGUUAUAGGAAACGCAUAUUACCAUAAAAAACAAUUUUAUCCUUCUGUGGUUUAUAUUACAAAAUCGAAUCCAUCGAUGGCUGUAAUAUACAUUCAAUUUUUUGUUAUUGUUUUGAUGCUAGGCAAGCUUUUAAGAAAAAUUUUUUUAGGAACAUUAAGAGCAGCUGAAUUUGAGCAUUAUAUGGAGAGAUUUUGGUAUGCUUUAACCGAAACAUGUUUAGCAUUUACUGUAUUUCGGGAUGAUUUCAAUCCACGGUUUGUUGCACUAUUUACAGUGUUAUUAUUUUUAAAAUCAUUCCAUUGGUUGGCUGAGGAGCGCGUGGACUAUAUGGAACGAAGUCCUAUGAUCGGCUGGCUAUUUCAUAUCAGAGUUACUAGUUUGCUAUCUAUUUUAGGAUUUUUAGAUUAUUUAAUGAUUUUGCACGCUUACACCUCAACAAUAACUAAAGGACCAACAGUACAGUUGGUUUUUGGUUUCGAAUAUGCGAUUUUAAUAAUAAUGGUCGCAAAUACAACUAUUAAGUAUGUUUUGCACGCAGCAGAAAUGCGUGCUGAUGCCCCGUGGGAGAAUAAAGCUGUUUUUUUACUUUACACCGAAUUAAUUAUUGGUUUAAUAAAAGUUAUUUUGUAUGUACUUUUUGUUGUAAUUAUGGCCAAAAUUUAUGCGUUGCCAAUGUUUGUAUUCCGACCAAUGUUUUAUACCAUGAGAAAUUUCAAAAAAGCGUUAAAUGAUGUGAUAAUGUCAAGAAGAGCUAUUCGUAAUAUGAAUACGUUGUAUCCAGAUGCUACACCUGAAGAAUUGGAACAAUCAGACAACAUUUGCAUUAUAUGCAGAGAGGAUAUGAUUAAUAAUUCAAAGAAGCUACCAUGUGGCCACAUAUUUCAUACAUCUUGUUUGCGAUCUUGGUUUCAGCGUCAGCAAACUUGCCCAACUUGUCGUCUCAACAUUUUAAGAACGCAUCACACAAAUUCAUCACAAUUGCCAAGACAGGACGGAAAUGCAAAUGUUGCUCCACAGGCUCAAGCGGCGGGUAUUGGUAAUGCAGCUAAUCAAAAUCAAGUUCCUGGGUUUAAUAAUAAUUUGCAAAACCAGAAUCCUUUUGCUCAUAUUUUUGCACAAAAUUUGGGUAACAUUAACAAUUUUGCAGCUGGGGCUGCUCCAACAUCUUCCGCAAAUAAUAUUUCAGCAAACAAUACUGCAACUACUACAACAACAACUGGCGCAACUGGCAGCACUGUUCCGCCAUUUGUUUUGCCGCCUUUUCCAUUUAUUGCGCCUUUUGCAAUGCCUCCACCACCAAUGCCACCAGGUUUGGAUACAUUAACUGAUGAAGAAUUAAGAGCUAUAGAGGGUAAUGAAAGAAAACAUGUGGAGGAAAGAAUUAAACUUUUGCGUAAUAUCCAAUUGUUAUUGGAUGCAUCCGUUGCUUUAAUGAACCAAUAUUCAGCCGUGACUGCUCAUUUAGCACCCAUUCCUAUUCCCCCCACUACAGCUGCUCCAAGCUCAACAAGUCAAGCCAGUUCAAGUUCUAAUGCGUCUGGGCCAACGCAAGAGAAUUGUGAAACUGUAACUGCGAAUUCAAGUGGUUUUAACUUUCCGCAAAUUAAUGAAAAAGACUUACCAGGAACAUCAAAAUCAUCUAGCGAUGUAAAGAUUGAGGAUAUUGGAAGUGAAGAAAAGAUUGAUUUAAGUAAGGAUUUAAGUAAGGAUGUAAAUUUACUUAAUAGUGUAAAUAAUGAAACGAAAGGUAAAACAAACGGUACGAGUAUAUCAAAUGAAAAUGAAAAUUCUGAACUGAAUGAAAUACGUCGACGAAGAUUGCAAAAAUUUUUAAACGAGGAAAGAAAUGAUAACAACUAAUAUUUAAUAAAUUGCAAUAAAAAAAACAAUUAAAUUUAUUAAUUCAAACCAUAUUAAAUAAGUUAAAAUUUACAGAUUGAAAAAAAAAACAAAAAAAAAAUUAAAAUUAAUUGUUUUACUUCUAAUACUUUAUUACAAUAAUUGCUAAAAAACCAUUAUUUAUUUGGAGAAAUAAAAACAUAAGUGAUUGU